AUGGAGUCCACAACAGCUCUUGUGAUUUUGUCUUUGGUUCUCUGGCAUUUUUCCAUAUCUGCAGCACUUCAAUGGAGAAAAGCAUUGUACCCAUCUGCCUAUCGAAUAAAGAGAGGAACACCAGCUCUGCUCAAUCCAUCUAUUCAGAAGUCUGUGGAGGAUGCCAACCUGCUUUACGAGGUGCUGUGGACAGGGCUGUAUGAGGAAGAAGGUGUUCUUCACAUAGCUGACGGGGAGCUGGCCUCCUUGAGGAGACUUAAGCCUCUCAAGGUGGUGUGCGAAGAUGUUUUACCAAGGACACUGUCUGACAUCCGCCGCCUCUGCCAUCAGUUAGAACAACAACGGUCUCAUCUGAGCAGUGAAGACUUUGAGCGGACAGUGCUCACCAUGGUCUACACAGUUCAGCGACUAGCAAAGAGCAGUCAAGGCCAUCAAAGGGAGCUGUGGGGUGAUGUGCUCCUUCAGCUCUAUAAAAGCAUUAAAAAGGAUCUGGGAGCAAAAUGA